AUGCGUCCUGCGACUCAUCUCGUUGCGGCCCUCCUGUCCCUGGGGGGUCUCGAACUCGUCACAGCCGAAAACGCCCAGGAAUUGAAGCCUCGCUUCAUUCCCAAACAACUCAAGAGACAUGUCGUCUAUGGACGUGAUUCAUCUACCGCUGCCUCGAGCACUGACGCCCACUUGACUACAAGGGCCGAUGGGAAUCCCUUUAUGUCCUACUUCAACAGCCUGCUUCAAAACGGCGCCGAGACAACAACCAGCACACCGGUGUCUACAGAAGCCCCCGUCGUCAUCGUGCCCAUCACCAUCUCGGUAGACGCAAACGGCGUCUCUCACACCAUUACCGGUAGUCCCACAAUCGCGCCAACCCGCACAGCGGCCGCCUCAGCAGUGACCGUGACGAGCUCUACUUCAACCUCCGAGACUGCGCCUGCAGGCUCAAGUGCCACCACAGACGCCGCUUCAACUACCACUUCGCAAGACCAGACAUCUUCUGAUGCUAAGUCAGCUUCGACUACCGAGUCGUCAACGGUCGCAGCUGCGUCGUCAUCGUCCAAGGCAUCUUCUACCGCCGAUCAGUCUGCUUCGAAGGAUGUUCAGACGACAACCUCCUCGUCAGCCGCGCAGACCUCUUCUGAGGCCCAGACAGCCGCUUCGGACAACUCCCAAGCAACCAUAGCCUCCUCGUCCACCGCGCAGACCUCUUCUGAGGCCCAGACAGCCGCUUCGGACAGCUCCCAAGCGACCAUAGCCUCCUCGUCAACCGCGCAGACCUCUUCUGAGGCCCAGACAGCCGCUUCUGAAAAUGCUCAAACUCCAACAACCUCAUCGACUGCUGCCACAAGCAGCGGAAAUGUCGUCAGCGACGCCUUGAGCGGUGUGGACAGCCUUGUUGGCGGCCUUCUGGGAACCUCGACCAGCGCAACCAGUGUCAUUCCUACAGUAAGCUCAUCCGUCACUGGAGAGUCCAACACCCUCAAGGGUUCGGCGACCGAGAGCACUGAUUCCAGCACAACAUCUACAACGCUACUGGGUUCAUCGACUGUCGCUGUUCCCUCUUCGGUGGAAGCGACUCCGACCCCGACCGCAACUGCCAGCUCGUCCGGCCUCCUUGACACAGUUGCCUCGAAAGUCUCUGAAAUUUUGCCUGGAGCUGCCCAUUCCAAUUCUUCCACCACUGAUGGCGUUGUUGCCUCCUCGACAGAUGUUGCUGCGUCUCUGACAGAUGCUGUUUCCUCAACAGACGUCAUCCCCUCUUCGACAGGCGUUGUCCCCACUUCGACUGGCGUCGUUCCCACUUCGACGGGUGUUGUUCCCUCUUCGACGCAGGCCACCCCAGCCCCAACUGCAAGCUCGAGCGGUUUGCUCGAUUCGUUGACCUCUGGUAUCUCUGACCUUUUACCCGGUUCUGCUGCAUCAUCCUCAGCCAUCACCGACAGUAGCAGCGGGGCUGAGACCUCGGCAUCCACAGGCCUUGGUCUGCCUACUAUUUCUGUCAGUGUCCCUGUUGUGACACCCUCCGCGUCCACCUCGAGUGGCCUGGGUGGAAUUCUGGGUCCUAUCCUCGGUAGCACCGGAAUCAUUCCAAGUGCAAGCACGCCCACCAGCAGUUUCGUUGCCGUCCCCACCGGCUUGACUAGUAUCCUCAUCCCGGGAGGCAUCAGCGGAACUGAAACGGGAACUUCAUUCACUCAGAUCAGUCCUAGCGUUCCUACAACUGCUCCCUCGGCCACCAGCACCGCUGUCAUUCCCGGUAGCACUGAUACUGCCAUUGGUUCCUCGAUCGCUGUCACCGGUUCCACAGCAGUAGGCUCGACUGUGCCCACUACCCAGGUCACGCCGACUGCCACUUUCACGAGCUCGGUAACUCCGACGCCCUCUACAACCGAGCAAGCCAGCACAAGUUCGACAACCACGCCAGAGACCACAGUCGCACCCACCACGACAACUACUACUCGUCCACCCGCUGAAACUACCACCUCCGAGAACACCGACUUUGUUCCCUCCAGUAUUUUGGUGGAGCCUACAAGCACGACUCAGGUCUCGACGGCUGAGACUGCCACUGGCACCACUCAGCCUGCUCAGUUGCCUGGAUCUAUCUCGCCAGCCAAUAGUGUUACUUCCCCUCCAUCGGACUCUACAUUGAUUCAGAUCGGUUUCAAUGGCAAGCUCCGAUACAGCUUCGUCGCCACGACCCCGCUCUCUUCAUCGCAGAUCUUCCUGUAUGUUCCACAGGGUCUGAUCUAUGCUUUGGAGAUUCUCGGCAAAGACAUCUCUAUGUUUGCGAUCCAGCCCUACGACAACUCGGCCAGCACCGGGUAUAUUGCAACCGUUGCCUUGGCUUAUAUCCCUACGGACAAGGUUGACACCUUGAGGAAGCUGCUCCGCAGCCCAUUAUCCAAACUCUACGAGCAGCCCAACGAGUCGGUCAAGACCUUGUUCUCGAUGAUCGAUCCAUCAAUCCCUCUUGUUGUCGGAGAAUCUGGCUCAUCUGGUGGCAGCGGAUCGUCUAGCGGCAGCGGAUACAGCGGCGGCGGCAGCAGCAGCGGUAGCAGUGGCAAUGGUAGUGACUCUGCUAACAACGCGGAUGCCGGUGCCAGCCGCAGCUCUUCCGCUCGGGCCAGCUCUGUUGGCAUCGGCGUUGGUGUCGUGGCCGGUGCAGCAGCCUAUGGUGCGGGUAUGUUCUGGGUUGCUCGUCGCUACCGCAAGAAGCGUCAAUUGCAUCGCCGCUCCAGUUCCACUGUCGAGCAGACAAGUGAAGGUCGCGGUGCCGGUUCUCUCUUCGCCGCCGGCGGCCGUCUUUCCCGCAACAGCCAAAAUAGCCGGGGAAGUGGCCGGGCCCAGAUGAUCAGUGCUCCUGUCAUGGCCGAGAACUCGCUGGGCUGGAACUAA